GGUUGGAGCUCCUCGGGAAAAGGCCUUUCCAUCCCAACAAGCCAACAGGACAGGAGGGUUGUACAGCUGUGACAUCACCUCUCCAAAUACCCACUGCACGCGUGUCAUAUUUGAUGAGGAGACUGACCCAAAGAUGGAGAGUAAAGAAGACCAAUGGAUGGGUGUAACUGUCCAAAGUCAGGGGCCAGGAGGAAAUGUGGUGACAUGUGCACAUCGCUAUGAGAAAAGGCAGUAUGUAAACACAGUGCAGGAAACCCGGGAUAUCAUUGGAAGGUGCUAUGUGCUGAGCCAGGAUCUCACUAUUAAGGAUGAUAUGGAUAAUGGAGUGUGGAGUUUUUGUGAUGGUCGUUUAAGAGGCCAUGAGAAGUUUGGUUCCUGUCAGCAAGGUGUUGCUGCUACUUUUACUAGAGACUAUCAUUAUAUUGUGUUUGGUGCCCCAGGCACUUACAAUUGGAAAGGGGUGGUUCGAGCAGAGCAAAAGAAUCAGACAUUUUAUGAUCUGGGUAUCUUUGAUGAUGGGCCUUACGAAGUUGGUGAUGAGAGCCGCCAAGAUAAGAAUCUAGUUCCCGUUCCAGCUAACAGUUACUUAGGUUUCUCUCUGGACUCUGGUAAAGGAAUCGUCUCCCAGGAUGAGAUGACUUUUGUGUCUGGUGCCCCAAGAGCCAACCACAGUGGAGCAGUUGUUUUAUUGAAAAAAGAGAAAAAUCAGAGAGCGCUUUCACUCGAGCACAUGUUUGAAGGAGAAGGGCUGGCCUCCUCUUUUGGCUAUGAUGUUGCUGUCGUGGAUCUCAACAGUGACGGAUGGCAAGACAUUGUUGUUGGAGCCCCACAAUAUUUCGACAGAAGUGGAGAUAUUGGUGGUGCUGUGUACAUCUACAUUAACCGUCAAGGCAAAUGGGAAGGAGUAAAACCUAUUCGCUUAAAUGGAACCACUGACUCCAUGUUUGGCCUUGCAGUUGAAAAUGUUGGGGACAUUAAUCGGGAUGGAUAUCCAGAUAUUGCAGUAGGGGCUCCCUAUGAUGGUUUUGGCAAAGUAUACAUUUAUCAUGGAUCCAAGAAUGGAAUAAAUACAAAACCAGCACAGAUUCUUGAUGGUGAAACAACAGACACCAAUUUCUUUGGUUACUCUAUUGCUGGAAACAUGGACCUGGAUAAAAAUUCAUACCCUGAUAUUGCUGUUGGUUCCCUUUCAGAUUCAGUAUCUGUGUUCAGAUCUCGGCCUGUGAUAAGCAUUAAAAGAAGCAUUACAGUACAUCCUGACAGAAUUGAUCUAAAGAAAAAGAAUCCUGAGGACCCUAGUGAAAUAUGGAUGGAUGUGAAAGCGUGUUUUCAAUACACUGCAAACCCCAGUGAUUUAAAUCCAAGAAUAAAGAUCAAUUACACAUUUGAAGCAGAAAACGAGAGGAGGCAGUUGGGCCUGCCAUCUAGGGUGCGGUUUAAAGACCACCUGUCUGAUCAGUUUACUGCAAGUACAACCCUAAGGGGGCAGAACUCAAGAGAGUGUGUGACAACCAAGCUUGUACUGCAGGAAAAAAUUAAAGAUAAGCUACGCCCCAUUCCAAUAUCAGUCAGUGUUAAAAUUGCUGGCCUGGAGUCUAGCUCACCGUCCACAAGAAAAGAGCGAGCACUUCCGGAUCUUAUACCAAUUCUAAAUUCAAAUGAAUCUGAAACAAAGACCACAAAAGUGGAGUUCUUAAAAGAAGGAUGUGGAGAAGACAAUGAAUGUCACAGCAAUCUGAAACUUCAGUACCGGUUUUGCACUAGAGAAGGAAAUGAAGACAGGUUUACUUAUUUACCAAUUGAAAAUGGCAUGCCAGUGCUUGUUCUGAAAGACCAGAAGGAUAUUGCUCUGGAAAUAACAGUGACAAACAAUCCAUCUGAUGCAAAAAAUCCCCAAAAAGAUGGUGAAGAUGCAUAUGAAGCUAAACUAAUUGCAACUUUUCCGGACAGUCUGACUUAUUCUGCAUUCAGGGAGAUGAGAGGUUAUCCUGAAAAACAGCUAACGUGUGGUGCUAACCAAAAUGGUUCUCAAGCAGAGUGUGAACUUGGAAAUCCUUUCAAAAGAAAUUCCAAUGUAACCUUUUACCUGAUCUUAAGUACCACUAAAGUUAAUGUUGAUACAACAGACUUGGACAUUAAUCUGAAGCUGGAAACAACAAGCACUCAAGUUAAUUCAACUCCAAUUACAGCUAGUGCUAAAGUGGUUCUUGAAUUGCUUUUAUCACUCACUGGAGUUGCUAAGCCUUCUCAGGUAUAUUUUGGUGGCAACAUCGUUGGUGAGAGUGCUAUGAAAUCUGAAGACCAUAUUGGAAACCUCAUAGAGUAUGAAUUCAGAGUAACGAACUUGGGCAGACCACUGAAAACAUUUGGUACUGCUUCCCUGGACAUCCAAUGGCCAAAAGAAAUUAGUAAUGGUAAAUGGCUGCUUUAUUUGAUGAAAAUAGAUUCCAAAGGCUUGGAAGAAGUCUCCUGUCAACCCGAGAGUGAAAUCAAUAGUUUGCACGUUGCGGAAUCCCAUAACUCAAGAAGGAAACGAGAGGUUGCAGAGAAGCAGAUUACAGACAGCAAGUCAUUUUCUUUAUUCUCAGAAAGAAAAUACAAGACCUUGGACUGCAAUGUGAAUGCACGCUGUGUGGACAUAAAGUGUCCCCUGAAGGGUUUAGACAGCAAAGCAUCUAUUGUGCUGCGUUCCAGACUGUGGAACAGUACUUUCUUAGAAGAAUACUCCAAAAUGAACUACUUGGACAUUCUUGUUAGGGCUUCGAUCAGUGUUCCUGCUGCAGCUAAGAAUGUUAAACUCACAAAUGAAGUUGCUCAGGUGCGUGUUACUGUCUUUCCUGCAAAACCAGUAGCACUUUAUACAGGAGUGCCUUGGUGGAUCAUCUCGGUGGCUAUUUUUGCUGGAAUACUGAUGCUUGCGUUGUUGGUAUUCUUACUAUGGAAGUGUGGUUUCUUCAAGAGAAAUAAGAAAGAUCAUUAUGAUGCCACAUAUCACAAGGCUGAGAUCCAUGCUCAGCCAUCUGAUAAAGAGAGGCUUACUUCUGAUGCAUAGUAUUGAUCUACUUCUGUAAUUGUGCGGGUUCUUCCAGCGUUCUAGGUACGAAGACAGUGUCCCCCGAUAUCAUGCUGUAAGAAUUCGAAAAGAAGAGCGAGAGAUCAAAGAUGGGAAAUGGAAAGACCUUGAGACAAAACAGUGGUUCACAAAAUGGAAUGAAAAUGAAAGUUAUUCUUAGGGAAAAAUCCUUUUCAUCCACAAAGUUCAGAUAAAGGUUAAGGUUUUCAUUAAUGGAAUACUGAUGGAGUUAGACCUAUGAACACUAUGGACAUUAACCAUUUGAUUGUGGAUAUUACUACUUGUAUUGAGGCUUUUGUUUGCACAGUUAAAAUGGCUUCAACAGACUUUAUUUGCAUUAUUUAAUUUUCAGACUGCCUCUUUCCCCC